AUGAGUCUCCAGGUCAACUUCACAACACACGGCCAUGACCUCAAGGCCGCCUACGAGUCCAUCCUCAGACCCGCAGACCCCAAAACCAGCAACAACUGGGCAAUGUUCGGCUACGACAAGGGUACCAACGACCUCAAGGUCCUCGGACAAGGCGACGGCGGACUCGAGGAAUUAGAAGACGAAUUCAUGGACGGAAAGAUCCAGUACGCCUUUACGCGCAUCAUCGACCCCAACACCGAACUCAACAAGUUCAUCCUCAUCGCAUGGGGUUACCACUUGCAAAUCAAUGCCCGCUGUGAGGCCGAUGUCACGCCGGCUCAAAUCUUGAAGAGAGUUAAUGAGGGCUCUGGUUCCAAAUAUUCAAUCCACAAGGAGACCUAUGAGCAGGAACGUAUUCGCCCUCUCCAGUCUGCCUAUAAGAGGACAGAGAUUCCAGACAUUGCUGCCCUUCAGCGUAACCCUACCAAACCUGAGCCUGCCCCCAAGUAUGGCCUUGCAAAGUCAUUUGGAUCUACACCUUCGACCCCUCUACCUACAACGACAACGACUUCUUCGCCCGCUGUGGCGCGCUCAUGGAAUGCACCCGUUGUCAACACUCCUCCCCCAGUCUCUGCAGUCAAACCCGUUGAGCGCACAUGGAAGGCUUCUGGAGCGUCGUCCUACACCGUACCAGGAGUGACUUUCAACAAGAUUGCACCCCCAAGCUCCCUUCUCAACUACGGCAACAACAGCACCAACAACAGCAAUACUAACAGUAGCAGCCCUGCUCCCUCUACAGUUCCAGCUACUCGCAACGAACCAACCAUGAAUAAGGCUCAGCAGAUGCGUUUGGAGCGUGAGGCUCGCGAGAAGGAGGAGAGGGAACGCAUUAAGCGCGAGAUUGAGGCCAGCGAGGCCAGAGACCGUCAGACACAGGGACAGUCCAACACACUCAAAGAGGCCGAGGAGAAGCGUCUUCAGGAGGAACAGCGCCAGCACGAGCAGCGUGAACAGGAAGAGCGUCAGAGAUCCCACGACCGUGCUCGUGACGAGCGCGAGGCACGCGAGAAGGAAGAGCGCGCAAGAGCUGAUGCUGAGGACGCUGCUCGAUCUGCACGCGAGGAGAUGAAAGCUCGUGAGCAAGCUGCUCAGGAAGAGGACCAGAAGAGACAAAAGGAGCAGCAGCAGCGUCAACACGAGAAGGAGGAGAAGGAGGCUGCAGACAAGCGUGCCAAGCAGCAGCGUGAGGAGGACGAAAGACGUCGUCAGGAGGAGGAGGAAGAGGAAGAGAGGGAGCGUGCUGCACAGGCUGCUGCCGCUGCCGUCCACGCAACUGCUCAGGUUGCUGCUGGUUCUCAAGUGCCUCAUGCUGGUCAUGAGGCCACUCCUGACUCUGACUCUGUCUCUGCCGUUGUGUUGUAUUCCUAUGAGAAGGCCGAGGAGAAUGAGAUGUCACUGAUCGAAGGCGAGAUCGUUGUGAAUGUGACCGUGCUGGAUGUCGGUUGGUGGAGCGGUGAGAGUGUUGACGGAACUCGCAGUGGACUCUUCCCUGCUAACUACGUUGAGGUGAUCGAGAAUACCCAGGAUCAUGCUGCUGCUGCCCCUGCUGCGACUCAUUACGAGGAGGAUUUUGCUGCUGCUCACCAUGUGGAUGCCCCUGUUUCUAAUGAACACGCUCAUACUGAGACUGCUGCUGCUGGAUCUUCAGGGCCUUCAGCUGUUGCAUUAUAUGAUUACGCAGCAGGCGAGCCCAACGAGUUGUCGUUCGCAGAGGGCGAUGUGAUCACCGAUAUUGAGUUUGUCACUGACGAUUGGUGGAACGGUACCUCCAGCGGUGCCUCAGGACUCUUCCCUGGUAAGUACUCUUAUGAUGUUGAUGUUGUCUCUUGUACUGCACACUUUUUUGGUUUCUUGCGCAGAGGUACUCAUUGUCAUUCCAUUCCUUGCUUUCUACUUCUUAGCGAACUACGUUGA